AUGGCUGGUCAUCAGUUCGCUGCCGCGGCAAAUUUGUCGUCUCAAAUGACGCUGUUGACUGAUAACGGUGCAGAAGAAGACAAAUCGGCAGGACCUCGAUAUCCCAUUGUCGUCCCUCCGGAAGAAACCAGUGCCACGAAACCAUCGUCACCCGUGGAAUCUUCGGCGACGACAGUGGGCGGGUUAUCUCCUCAUUCCGCUUUCAACCACGGUCAAAAUUAUAUGUAUCAACCUAACCUUUCGACUUCUGCAAGCAAACUUAGCGUCUCAAGUUCGGACGAAAUUAUGUUCGGUCAGCCGAAACAAACUGCGGAUGAAUCAGCGUCCGAGAAUAAAACAGCAGAGGUUAAAACACCUGCUGACUAUGCUCUGAACAUUUUGUACAGACAAUUUUACAAGCAAGCCGACAGAAAAUUAGUUCUCAUUAUGGGCUUUAGCACGGAUACCGAACCAGACUUUGCUGUUCAAAUUGGACCCGGGGUUGACCCAUCAUUCGACAAACUUAUUAACUCCUUGGGAUACAUUGCCAGGCACAAGCCUAGAGCCGUGAUUGAUCUAGUGUUAAGUUGGAGGAAAGAGAAACAAGAAUCAAAGUUCGAGAGUCUAGAGGCUCCAUUUCACAAGCGACAUUCGAGUGAUACCGCCCUGAUGAGGAGCACGAACAAGGAAUUAGAUGAUAUUCGGAAGGAACGUAAAAAGCAAGUAACGUUAUACAUAGUAUCAAGGGCACUCGUCGAAAUUGUUAAACAACUGCAACCCGACACCCUCAGAGAUGAUGUAGGAAAACAGAUGGAGGAUCUCGUGUUUAAAAUGAUGUUUGAACUGAGGCCGGAAGACGUAAAUCGAUCGAGACACGUCACAGCGGUCUACGAACUAUAUUCUGAACUUAUAGGCGGACUAUCCAAGACACGCUUCAUGUCCGUUUCUGAUCGAUUCAUCGCAAAACUGGAAGGCUUUACAAAAUUACCGCCAGGUGCCCUGAAGGAACAAGACACCAAGAUCGAGCUACUAAUUAAAGGGAUGUAUCAUCUCCAUCUGAAGAUUUAUCCCAUAGAAGCGUUGGAAGAGACCGCAGAUUUCCUUCAGAGCUUGGCGAAUUUCUUGAGACUCGCCCAUGGCGUACGAAUAAAACAUGCUUAUGCCGACUUAUUUGUCAGAUUGCUUAUGCCAAUCGCGGGGGUAGCGGUCGCUGAAGUUAACUUUCCUGCUUGGGUGAAGGCUGUAGAGAUAUUAUAUCCGAAAGCAUGGAAAAUGACGUUUAAACAAAGAAAUUGGAAUGUCGCUUAUCCUCUUGCCACAACAUUGUUAUGCGUUAGCCAAAGAGAAUUCUUCCUGGCCCGUUGGACCGAAUGUCUUUACGCAUGCACUCAAAGAUUCAAGGAUAAAUCCUUAAGGCAAAUGGGCAUGGGAUGUGUAAUACGCCUUGUGUGGACAUUCCUGUAUCGAUGCUCAGAAGGUACAAAUACGACAUAUAAGAAGCUUGAUGACAUAAUUAAAACUAUCUUUCCUCCUAACCGAAAAUCGGUUAUUUCGGAUGUUCACGUGGAUUUAUUUGUGGAGCUCGUGCAAUUUAUUGGAAUACGUCACCACGAUUAUUGCAUGAAGAAUCUUAUCUUCAUGUUGAUGAAUUCAGACAAUAUAGCCAAUGUCACGUCAGCUUCAUUGGAUUAUAUCGCACCGGAAAGAAUGAGAAUUGGAAUACGAUCUUUUAUGUUGUUGUUAACCAGCAUGCAAGCUUCUGAUUUGCGGCCGGCGUUUCCCAGCGAUCCUGAUCUGAUCUCAAUAAAAAGUAACCUUGGAAUACGAAUAUCUUCGGAUGUGCUAUCUGACGAAAUUUUUAAUCAAUCUGGGUUAAAAGAAAAUGUUGAGAAGUUUUGUGAUUUGGCAUACAAGAUAAUAAGUAUAUUGGACCCUCAUUUCGGUCAUCUAACUGUUCUAGAGGAAAAAUUCUUAACGAACAAAAGUUCUUACACUCCGUCUUCGCUGGCCUCAGGUGCUGUUGGUGGACUCAGUGACACGAUGAUCUAUUACAACUAUAACACGAUGUUCGUUUCUUAUUCCAAGGAUAAGCAACCGUACUUUAAUUUAAUGCGAGAAUAUGUGGAAUCACUUCCGAGACUGCUUCCGAACAAACCCAGUAGAACUCGUAUUGUGGAAAUACUGUGCCGAUACACCGUACACGUUGAUCAAGAUCUCGCACGUUCGGCGGCAAUAGCAUUGAUUCGAAUAGCUUUACAAUGUGGCGCAGAAACCGUGAUAAUGAGUUUCUCCCACUUUGUUCACCGAAUUGAAGAUAAAUACUCCGACAUACUUAUCGGUGUGGGAACGGGAAGAGAAACAAAAUGCACGGGAAUAUUAAAACUAUAUUAUGAUCUUCUACAGCAAUGGUUGCACCAGCUGCGAAGUAAAAAACGCGGGGAUGCAUCUGAACAGCCGAGCACUAUUAAUACGCAAACACCGAAUCCUGCGAAAACAACCAAUGAAGUAGAGGAUCCAAGCAUAUGGACAAUAAUAGAAGUAACGGAGGCAAAUGGGUUGUUGUUUCUUUGCAGUCAAACGUGCAUAAUUAGAAAGUAUGCCAUCUUGAUUCUUCACCUCGUGGCGGAAUUAGAACACGAGUUCAAUGAACGCAAGGGAAAGAAUAAUUCAGCAGGUUUGAGUCGAGGUACCGCGUCAAGCGUAGACGGCAAAGUAUCCGAGUCCCCCAUUCCCGACGAAGGCUCGCCCGUCCCUGAGAAGGAUGAGAUGGACGAAAGUUGUAGUCCCGAUACACCUGCCAACAUAUUAUGUUAUUCGGCAUCAGGCACAGACAGUAAUGUCACGUACACGCGCAUCAUUCACGUGCUCGACCGAGGAGGCGAGUUGAUCAAGUUUGACACCAAUUUAGUAAAUUCACUGUCGGUUUAUGAACACGUAAGACUACAAAAGCUCCUACAACAAGGAAAGAAAGAUAUUCUUUUGCGACUCGUGGAGAGCGAAAACCCCGCCGAUACUGUUAUUUGGUCCCGAUGCUUCCCGGAAUUCAUGAAAAUUUGUUUUUCAUAUUUCCCAGUUACGGUAGCCUUGUGCCGUAACAACGUCUGUAUUCGUAUCGUGCACAUGCAGGCGGCGAUCAACACGGCAUCUGAGGCGCUUUCGCGUGCCCCUACCGCGACACUAUCGAUGCCAAAGUUUCAUUAUCCUAAAGUUAGUGUUUCGGCGACAGACGAGCUAAUUGAGCAAUGGAGAUCUUAUCUCAUUGUUGCCUGCUCAACCAUUACGAUGGCCGAUGAGUUGGCCGAGCGAAUUUCUACACAUAAUCGGAAGCGUUCUCAUCCGCCACCACCCGAGCGCAUCACAACUGCCAGGGACCUAUUUCGAAUAGUAUUGCCACUUCUGUCAUCCGAUCAUAACAUAAUCAGCGAAUCCGUGGUAACCGCAUUGGGAAGUAUUAACGAAAAUGUCUACAAAGGCUUGAUUGAGGACAUGCAACCAUACUUUAGGUCGGUCGCCGAAGAAACCAAGAUCAAAGUCAGCAAGCAGCCCUACACCAACAUUCACAAGCGUACCAAGAAAUAUGAAAAGCUUCGCAUCGAACUCGCCCACGUUUAUCAAUUGACCUCUCGUUUUCUCGUCAGGGAACACAGAGAUCCUACCAUUAGCGGUUGGAUAAGGGCGUUUAUUAUUGAGACCUUUAAUUUUCUUCGCGAUCCGGAAGUCUCUGUGGAUUGGGAUUACGUCAGGCUCCGACAAUACUUUUGUGGAGUGGUCGAAAAAUUCUAUGACGGAUUGUGCCUGAUGCAUGAAGAAUCUGAAGUUAUCCCAGACUGGAGAGCAUGCGUAUUUCAGUUGAUUGAAGAAUGGUGUGGCCAUGGUAAACGGGGAAUGCACCAUCGAGCUAAGGAUGUAGGCCUGAUUUCGAUUAUGAUUGAUCAUUAUAAAGAUUCGGAAGAAAGACGACCCAUGACAACACAGAUGGAAAACGAGCGAAAAUCUUUGGAAUUUGCGGCUCUCAACGCGAUGGCAUCAUUAUGCAGAGGUCCUUUGGUUCUUCACGAUCAGAACCUCCCGAAGCCAGCAACAAAGUCUCUCGAUGCCGAGAGCGUGUUUGCUUGGAUUCAAUCAGUAUUCGAAGAUCCUCAAGAUAAAUUGCAUCCCAUCGCGAGAAAAGCUCUCGAGGGAUUGCUCAUUUCUAAUUCGAAGGUAGCAAAUUUUCUUGAAGUUCCUGUUCGCCUUUGCUACUCGGGAGUUCCAACAUCUAAAAGCACACAAGGUUACUUUUUGGCCGUAGCGGAGGUUUUCUUCAAAGAUCACAAUUAUCCUUGCGACAGGACAGCAAAAAUGUUGGCCUUGGCUUUGUUCAAAACUGGUGAUGAUGAAUUGGAAAUUCGAAGAAAUGCACUCAAUUUGCUAUCCAUUAUUGAGAAACGGCUGUAUGGCGGAAGUUGCACCGGCGAAUUUGACGUUGGGAUCACCAGCCGGCUAUCCUCAAUAUACAAGCAAGCUCAAGUCGCGUUGUCUGCACGUCUUGCUCAGAACACAAGGAAAAGAGACGAGGAAAGGCGCAAGCAAUAUGAGAUUUCUGCGAAUGAUCAACCAAAUUUGCACUUUGACUUUUGCGAAGAAACACAUUGGUUCAUUUCGGAAGUUUCCAUGCGUUUCGAAAGCGUUCACGAAAAAAGUAAGAAAGACGUGCUACGCUACCUAGUGCCAUGGUUCAAAAACAUCGAACUACGAUUCACAGAUGCGAGAGAAUUACACCCAACCACCUUUAUCAUGAUUUCCAACCUCUUUUUCAUCACGGUCAAAUACGGCGAUGUAUUCGUUAAGGACAUUGAGAAACUUUGGCAACAAUUGGUAAUGGGGGAGCACGCGCACAACGUUCAUGCCAUAGUGAAAUUUUUGAUUGACGUUGGAUUAGAAAAAAGAAAUCCGAUUUUUGUUUCCCACGCAAAACGUGUAUUCGUUUACCUUGGGCGCACACCUACUUGCGCAGCCGUCAUCGAAGCCUUAAUCUCCGAGAUCUCACCAAAAUCAAUGACCCCUCAGCCUAAGGAAACGCUGGAGCGAGAGGACUUUAAAAAUUGCAAAUUGUUUCUCGCGAAAAUUGAGGAAGCCAUGCCACAGCAUCACAAACGACCCAUAUUCUCAUCCGGACAGUUGGCCACUUUGUACAUGGUCGACAUGGCAAUUGAAGCAGGAACCGAUUUUGAAUUUCAUCUUCCAAGGUUGCUACAUGUGAUAUUUGUUCAACUGGACUCCACAAAUUCGCAUAUUAGCGAAGAAACAAAAACACUUCUGAUAAAUCUGAUUCACUCGAUCAUCAUCAGUAAAUCCGUAUAUCAAGAAGUUGUUAAACUCGGACAAUCGUUGGUGACCGAAUUGGAAGCAAAAGAGGGCUCGCAACUUUGGGCAUAUGAAGAUAUCACUUACAAUAAUCGAGAUAUAAAGAGUCUGACCGACCUGGAAAGGUUAUCUCGAGAUGUCGUUACUAUUUUUGGUGCCACAGUAUACGGCGAAAGCAAUCGCGGUGAUCUCAAACAGAGUUGGGGAGAGAUGGCGUUAAAAUGGGCAACCUCGUGCCCCGUUCGUCACAUCGCAUGCCGAUCGUUCCAGAUCUUUCGUUCGCUCAGUCCAGUAUUCAACGAACACAUGUUGGCCGAUGUAUUGGCCCGCCUAUCAAAUACCAUAUCUGACAGUACAGAUGAGAUACAAGGAUUUGCACUAGAAAUCUUGAUCACACUCAACCACGUCAUAGAUUGGCUGGAACCAGGAACCAAGGAGAUUUACCCGCAAUUAUUGUGGGCAAUAAUCGCGUGCCUCCAGACAACUAACGAAUCAGAAUUUUUGGAGUCACUGGCUAUCAUGAAUAAACUUUUGGAUAAAUUUGACCUUUCCUCCAAGGUAAAUCAGGAAAUACUCUGGGACUAUUUUCCAGAAAACAAAUGGCAAGGACAAUUCACCGGGAUUCAGCCUUUGUUGUUGAAAGGGUUAUACUCAUCGACAGCGUGUCAGAAAACAUUUGACAUGCUCAAGAAACUAUUGUUUUUGCAAGAUAUACAAUUAAUAGAUUCAACACCAGGACGCCAUUUGCACCUCAUCCUCGCGAAUCUUCCACGGCUCGUCCAUUCGCUGGAGGACGAAUCCAUCCGAGAAGAAUGUGCGGAAUGGGCAAAACAUUUAUCCGAGAUCUCCGAGCAACAAAACCGACAUAAUCUUGCCCGCAUACUCAAUUCAUAUAACAAAGGAAGGUUUAGGGCGAAGGAUGACUUUUUGAAACAAAUAAUUUUAGUCCUACGAGAUAAUUACUUUCCUGAUUACGAGGUGCAAACACUAUUGUUCCUCAUGAGUCUACUCUCAAACAACACGCGUUACUUUAAGCUAAAGACAAUGACCAUCAUCAAGAUGAUGCUGCCACACAUAGACACCCAAAGACAAGAAUUUCUAACGAUAGGGUCAGAGUUAAUACUACCGCUUCUCCGCCACUUGCACUCACCAUAUUCAAAGGAAGCGUUGGAGGUAAUGGAUGAGGCGAUAUCUAUAAUGGUUACGCCAAAGGAUCCAAAGAUUGUACGUAUGAGCAUGGGCUCCCGCAAAGGCAAGGAUAUGGAAGGAACGGUUAGCCUAUUCGGUGAUCCGGAUGAUAACGGAUGGGCCAUACCCGAUAGACAGACAGCGAUGGAAACUGCUCGAUCGAAUGUGCAUGCGGUGUGCUUUAUGUGUAAGGUAACGCCUCAACACGACGAAAUCCAAUUGUUUGAUGAUCCAAGUGACACGCUUAUGGGGUACAGAGACGAGACGCCGACAAACGAACACAAAUUCAGUGACAUCUUUUCAAAACUUCAGGACUUGAAUGAUUACUUUCUUCCAAAUGAUGACACCCUCAGUAGUAAUGGCAGCAUGGGAGGAAAAACAAUGGCGUACAAGAUACCCAAUAUUAUUGAACAAUUCACGGAUGAAUAUUAUGACUUUGGCGACGAGAUUGGAGGAUCAAGUAAUUUGGAAGAUGAUCCAACGGUAGAAGCAAUUUUGGAAAAAAGUCUAUCAAAGAGCAAAUCCACGAGAUCUCUUAAAUCACAAGUGGAACUAAGCGAUAGCAAUAUAGACGCAAUUCCGCCUUACCAAUCACCAUCACAAAGAGAACGUGACGAAAUGCUGCAGAAUCUAAGUUCCGCAUCGUCAACAGAGGAAGACGACAUAUCCUCGAUCGGUGAUGACGACGAAUCUCUGCACUCGGGAGGAAACAACAGCCCAUUUAUUUUGGAAGGUCUGAUACAAAGGCCUAGAGGGUCGAUAAGUGGAUCAUUGCAUGGUCACACAUCCUCGAUGUGA